AUGCAAACCAAUCUCCAGAAGUGGAAGUCACGCUACAGAGAGAAGAGUCGUUUUCUCGUAGAUACCCAAGCACUAUUGAUGAGUGCGUUUCAUCCGAUAUAUCCACUUCUGUGUGUGAGCGCUCUACAGAAAUCUCGUCCUCUUCCCGAUCAGUUUCUCUCGCAGCUGAACCCUCAAAAAAGGGGCUCUUUUUUGAGUCUCGCUUCGAAACAUCACAACAAAGAAAAAUACGAUACGCACCAGUAUACAGGAAAGGAAGUUAUGCUCAACUCGGAUAGUUGCUCUGCGACCACUUAUCUCCCAAGCAGCCCUGAACCAGUCACCUCGGAACGGGCGGACAUGGCUGAGACGAUGGAUCUUCAAUCGUCGGCUAAGUCUAAAGCAUUAUGUAUCCCGGAUGGAUAUACUACAGCAAGUUCGAAAAAGAGAAAACAGAGAAACGAAAGCGAGAAGACAAGCAAAAAACCAUGUCGGAAAGGGAAGUACCCUUCUGUUGCUGUUGUCAUACCCCCGUUGCGAUCACAAACAACACGAAUUGCGCGAUCGAAUUCUCAGUCAGUCUCAUCGGACAUGUCUCUCAGUGGAGGUGGUGAGAGGUCUGGCGAUUCCUCGGAUGAGGACUUCACAGGAGACAAUCUCCAACCAGGGUUCUCUGAUAGAGAAAGCAUUGAGGUCUUGGAUUGCAAGCACACUCGUACAAGCACAGCCGCUUCAUACCAAUUUCAGAGUUCUCGUGGUAGCUUACUGGAUUGUCCUAACAUGAGUCGUGAUAUCAUUGGGCGGGCCAUUCUUACAAUUGAGUCAGAAGGACCGAAGCCUACAUUUUUCUUGACACUAUUGCCCGACAACAUCCCUUCACCCACUCACCUCUCUACCAAUUGUAAUCAUAAAGUCGAGGCGCCUAGCAGGAAACAGAAGCAGUCAGUGAUUAAAUACCGCGGCAGUCAGGCGAAGGGCAAACGUCGGCGUUACUCGCCCAAUGAGGACUACUUGUUAGUGAAGUUAAAGGAGCAAAAGAGGCUGACAUGGGGCGAAAUUACAGCACAUUUUCCUGACCGCAACCUUUCAUCGUUACAGGUGCACUAUUCUACCAAGUUAAAGCACCGGUCUACCGGCCAACCUCGGCUGCGGAUCGAGAAGUGCAAAAGAAAAUGA